AGACUAAAUGCUCUAAAAAUCCACGCCUGGAGGCUAUUAAAGUGGGCGAUGUGGCUAAGCGAGCAGCUACCUAAACCGCACGGAGCAGCAACAGAUGCUUACACCGUUGAACAGCUCUGUCGAGAGCAGAAGGGAAAAAAAGAGGAGCUAGCAGCAAGCGUAAUGAAAAAAAAUACCAGAAUUUCUAACUUGCACCGCAAGUUUGCAGAGAGGAGUUGGAAUGACACAUUUCAGCUUGUCCGCAGAUGCAUGGAGAAAUCCAGGGAUGAAUCCAAACCUUGUGAGCUGAUUGCAAGAGCUUUGGACAGACUCCAGGAAGUGCUUCAGGCACCAACUAUGGACAACACAAAAUCCAGACUGGAAAUGAUCGCCAAACGACAAGGGAUGGACUUUUACUGUACUGACGUCACCUGCUACCUGACGGCUGACAUUUUCUACCUGGAGGUGUUGCUGCUGCCAUCUGGUGAGGUGCAGGACGUAAAGAUGGCUCUACACAGAGAACGCCCCGCUCCCAGCAGGUCCCUUUUGCGUCUUCUUAGGUCCAAUAACUUUUCUGAAUUUUCCGUGAGGCUGGGAGAACCGUUUGCUCAAUACAACAUUCCUGGAGACAGUGAAACAAAAUCAAAAAUGUUGAAAUCCAUAAAAAGCCUCUGGAAAGACCUUCAGCAAAUAUCAGAUAUGCCAAAAGAACCAAAGUGCUUUGAAGCCCAAAUUGACUUGAUAAACAAUGGCAGGGUUGGCUUUUUAAUGGCAGAAAAACAAGAUUAUCCUCCUUCUCUUUACUUCUAUAUCUCGCCAAAUGAUUGCCUGAAGAACUCAGAGUUGUCACUUGAAGAAUUGUUGGAGUUCAAACCAGCUGUCCAGGUUAACCAGGCUACAAUCGGAGUCGGUGACUUGAUUCACAAGCUACAGAUGACAUCUCUAAUCUCAGAGGCUCCUCAGCUGGACACUCAUAGUUGUCCUGCGGUCGCUGCACUUGGUGAGGUUUCGAAUGAGACGCUUCCCGCGUGUUUCCUGCUCAGACUGAAGACACCGAUACCUGUGCUUUCUCAUAUUGUGGAGAGAGUUGGACAAAUCACAGGCGUGACUAUACCAGAUUGUGACCUCCAGUGGGCACCAUUACCCAAGCUUCUGAUAAAUGCUUCUGCAAGUGCAAAAAGCCCCUCAGAGCCAUUAGAUGGACAGGAGAUCUUUACAGUGGUUUUUCCUGAGGGUGGGAUGCACACCUAUGUUCUCGCUGAUUCUUCAUGGGAUGCUCCCGCACAAAGAGCAGCUUUGCUGGCCAGCGUUCCUUUCACCCAGCUGGCUCACGUCUCCGCCGUGCUGGAGCUGCUGCGUCACCAGUGUGUCUUUAACACCCUGCUGAGGAGCUGCUUGACUCAGAGUGCCAGUCCAGCUUCAGUUUGUGACCUUCACUUUGAAGUCCGCCCAGAGUCCACUACCAGCAUUUCUGUGACCUUCUGUCAACCCCACAUUGACAGUCUUGCCGUCUUGCUGGUCAACAUACCUAAUCCCCGUCAGAUCACCUGCCAGUUGUUUGGAGGAGGAUUUUAUGAUUCAUCUUAUCCCAUGCUGGACGAAUACACCUCCAUGGUUCUGACUAGUUGUAUGUCCAUUCCUGUGGCCAUGAGGGCGUUAUACUGCAGGCUCGAGGAAACCACCAGCUGCCCCACCACCGCAGUAGCUGAAAACGACCAACUAAGUCCUGAGAUGGACACCGAUGGCCAUUCGCCUGCAGCCUCCCAAAGCGCAGCAUGACAGCGUUCCUGGUUCGGCGUGCGGUGCCGUAUCUGUCUCUAAAUCUGAGCUUCGUCCUGAAACGAGCGCCAGCAUGCCUGACGACCCCCACCCAUUCGUUCCUGUGGCUCCAAUGGCAAACUCUCAGAGCUGAUCUCAACAUAAGGAGGGCUUAGCAGCUGCCUGCGUCACAGAUUAUUGGACUUUAUUAAGAAACCGGCCGCUGUGUAACAAUUUGAGAUGCUGAUGGUUGAAUCUGUCUCACUAUGCAUUCCAGUGUGGUAGGGAUGACUGGCUGUAAAGGUUUUUGAGGUCUGGCAGUGGGCCUCCAAAGGGCAGGAAACCAGUUGCUUGUUACCAUGUGAGCCAGUAAGUCCUGGUUUAAAUGUCUCUAUAUUGGCUUGUGAAACCAAACAGAUCUGACAUUUUUUAGCUUUGAAAAAAGUGAAAACUUUGCUGAAUAAAGAAACAAUUUGGUUUGAAUAGAGAAAAGAAAGCUAGAAGAAAUUUCUUGAUUACAGUUGAGGACCAUCUUGCUUUUUCUGGACUCCUGCCAGGACUUGUACAAAUAUAGGACAAAUGCCUGCAGCCUGUACAGUAGAAGAAGAAAUGUUUAUGACUACAGAGGAGACAAUGUGAUUUUUACUGCAUUGAGGUCUUUGCAUACAAUUUUCUAAACCUACUGAAAUGGAGUUUUUUUUAUUUAUUUAUUUUUUUUUACAUAUAUUUAGAAUAUUUGAUCCAACUGUUGACAGCAGACAACUGGCUAUGUCUGUAUGCAUAUCCAAUGACCUGUGUGACGGCUAUUCAUAGAAGCAGCCAAACAUGUGGGGUUAGAAACGCUCUCUUCUUUCAGAGGAACUGUCCUUGAAAUAUUUGUUUUGUUCUGACUGGUUGAGAAAGUUCACAAAAGGAGCACAUGGUGAUGCUGGAGGAUUGUAAAUAACUGUAGCUUUUAUAAACCUGGUUGGAUGCUUGGUCUAAUGAGUCUUAUGAGACUCUUGACGUUAUUUGAACCGUACUUUGAUGGGUAGGAUCAUAUAGGAUGUAUGUAUUUAUAUAUAAAAGCUGCAAAAGUUUGAAUAUGUUUUGUGGGCAGCUGAGAAAGAAAUGUAGCCAUUUACACAGAAUAGAGGAAAGUGUGUUUUGUAGGGGUCUUGGUGAGUUUCAAGCAUAAGUAAACUGUACACACACGGUCAGCUGGUGGUGGCAGCAUCAUAAUGUUGGGCUGUUUUACAGCAUUCCAAACUGAUGAAACAAAGAUACGGGGCAAUGUUCUAGUAAAACAAUAAUAUGAGAAUAGCUGGAGGGAAUUUAAAAUAUAUUUUCACUAUAUAAUGUAUUACAACAAAAAAAUUUAUUAGAUCAAAUAUUGAGCUUCAAAGUUUGACCAGUCUGAAGGAUAUGCUUUCUUCUAAUACUGAUAAAAACUGUUUGUUUGUUUUUAUACAAAUCAAAUAAAUGUUUCAUAAAUCCAAA